AUGACAGUGCAGUCCAUCUGGCCUCAAAGAAACCAACUCCGUCUGCAAGGGAUAGAUUUGAAGAAUACAAAGCUGUCUUGCCAGCCCGAAACCUUGACAGCAACAGCAUCACACUCAUGGUCACCCCCUCCUCCGGAUUUAUUCAAAAUAAAUUAUGAUGGAGCUGUCUUUGAGGAGGCAAAUCAGUCUGGUAUUGGUGUUGUUAUCAGAAAUACUCAGGGUCUGGUAAUUUCUUCCUUAACACGACAACUCCCUCAAGUAUACCAAGUUUUUGAGAUCGAAGUUUUGGCAGCAAUUCAGGCUCUAGAAUUUGGUUUGGAGGUUGGAAUUGAUCAAGCUAUAGUUGAGGGAGAGUUGGAGAUAGUAGUAAAAGCAUUGGCAUCAAAAGAUUCAGGCUUGGCUUCCUUUGGGCUGUUGGUAAAGGUUGCAAACGUCUGUGCUACAUCUUAUUCCAGAUUGGCUUACUCUCAUACAAGGAGGGAAGGCAACAAAGUUGCGCAUAGUUUGGCUAGGUUAGCAGUGUCUAUUUCAAAUUAUGUUGUGUGGAUGGAGAAUGUUCUACCCCACAUUUAUCAUGUAUUUCAGGCUAAUAAGGCCAUUUUAUCUUAA